UCUGUGCAGGGCAAUUCAUGGAAAAACCUCGUGCGCUCUGCUAUACCAUCGCAGCCGUGUAGUUUUACGAUCAUCGUCGUCGCCAUAGUUUUCGUCCGUUGUGCCAUAACCGAUACUCGUCAUAUUGUCGUCAUAAAUUCGAUUGAUCAAACAUAAAAUUAUCAGCAAUGUCGAGAUUUUUCGUAAAAGUCGUACUCGCGGUGGCGAUCUCAUCCUCGUUAGUAGCGGCUCAACAGCCUGAAGCUCGUAAAAUCGAUACUGGUCUCGGAGACUUUAAGGUGGUGUUCAAGGUGUUUCAAGACUGUUCAAAGGCACAGUUCGGACCGUGUCUCAAACACAAGAUAUUGACAGCCCUCGACCGGAUUAACGAACAACCAGAAAUGGAAUUGUUCGAUGGCGUUCGAUUGGUCAAAGAUCCGGCUGUUGCUCUAAAUGACGUUGCCGAUGACAUAUCUUCAGCCAGGUCUGCUGGUGAUGAUGAGACUGCCAGUCUGGAUACGCUGGUCAUAAAUAAAAUUGUAAACUUUUUCAAAAGCCGCAGUCUUCAAUUCAAACUUCUCGACAACGAAUCUAGAGAAAUGGCCGAUGGUCGCAAAAAGAGCAACAAAUACAACUCGCUGCUUAUGUACCCGUUUAUGAUGGGUGGCAUGACCAUACCGCUGGCUUUCGGCGUGCUCGCCUUGUUGGCCGGCAAGGCACUGAUCAUUGCCAAACUGGCGCUGGCCCUCUCCGCCAUCGUGGGUUUGAAAAAAUUGUUCAGUGAUCAAGGGGGCAGCAGCCACGAGUACAUCACCCACGGAGGCAGCGGUGGACAUUACCGCCGAAGCCUUCCCGGCGAAUCGAUUUCCGCAUCAAACAUGGCGUACAGCUCAUACAUGCCAGUGUAUGAGGAAUCCAUCCGGAGUACCACGUCCAACGCGAUUCCUCUGUGAUGAGUGACAAUAUAACGUUAUUCGACUACAUCAUCCAAUGUCUACUUCAUAUUCUAUGUAGAAGACAUUGGUUAUUAUUUAUUGACGGAUGGUAUAACAUUUAUAUUAUUAACUAGCAUUAUAAUUAUUAUUAUUAUUAUUAUUAUUAUUAUUAUUAUUGUAUUAUUUAUUUCUAAUCGAAUAAAUUCGAUUAGCCUUUAUAACUUAAAAUCUGUAUUGUACUAUAUAAUAUACAUGAUAU